AUGGCAGCUUCUGCUCCCUCCCCAACCUCCUCCUCAUUCUCAAAGAGCCCUUUUUUCUUCAAUUCGCCGAAGCUUCUUUCCGGAUUUGCCCUCCCAUUCCCCCGAAACGCCCAAAGGCCCACCGCUUCUUCCGCCUUGCACCGCCGCCCGGCGUUCCAAAUCUCGAACGUUCUCACUUCUCCCGACAAAAGGCUUCUCCAUGAGGAGACUUAUGCUUCCCGUUUCGCCCCCGAUGAGCCUCGCAAGGGCAGCGACGUCCUGGUGGAAGCGCUCGAGCGGGAGGGGGUCACCGACGUCUUCGCGUACCCCGGAGGCGCGUCCAUGGAGAUCCACCAAGCCCUCACGCGCUCCAACGUCAUCCGAAACGUUCUCCCCCGCCACGAGCAAGGCGGCGUCUUUGCAGCCGAGGGCUACGCGCGAGCUUCUGGUCUCCCGGGCGUCUGCAUCGCCACGUCGGGCCCUGGGGCCACAAAUCUGGUGUCCGGGCUCGCAGAUGCCCUCUUGGACAGCGUGCCCCUUGUUGCCAUUACCGGUCAAGUUCCCCGCCGCAUGAUCGGCACUGAUGCUUUCCAGGAAACCCCCAUUGUCGAGGUAACCCGGUCAAUCACCAAGCAUAACUAUCUCGUUCUAGAUGUUGAGGAUAUUCCUAGGGUUGUGAAAGAGGCUUUCUUUAUUGCACGGUCAGGCAGGCCAGGCCCUGUUCUGAUUGAUAUCCCAAAAGAUAUCCAACAGCAGAUGGUGGUCCCUAAUUGGGAUCAGCCCAUGCGUUUGGCUGGAUACCUGUCUAGGCUGCCUAAGCCUCCGAACGGGAUGUUGUUAGAGCAAAUAGUUAGGUUGAUAUCAGAGUCAAAAAGACCGGUUCUUUAUGUUGGCGGGGGGUGUUUGAACUCAAGUGAGGCGUUGAGGCGGUUUGUGGAGCUCACGGGUAUACCUGUUGCUAGCACGCUGAUGGGUCUCGGUUCUUAUCCAGGCUCAGAUGACGAGAUCUCGUUGCAUAUGUUGGGUAUGCAUGGGACAGUGUAUGCUAACUAUGCUGUGGACAAGAGUGAUUUGUUGCUGGCUUUUGGAGUCAGGUUUGAUGAUCGUGUAACGGGCAAGCUGGAAGCAUUUGCCAGCCGAGCGAAGAUUGUCCAUAUCGAUAUCGACUCUGCCGAGAUAGGAAAGAACAAGCAGCCACACGUUUCCAUUUGCGCUGAUAUUAAAUUGGCUCUCGAGGGUUUGAAUUCAAUACUGGAAGGAAAAGCGUGCAAUCUCAACUUCUCAGCAUGGAGAGAAGAGCUUAAAGAGCAGAAGAGGAAGUUUCCUUUAAGUUUCAAGACUUUUGAGGAUGCAAUUCCUCCCCAGUACGCAAUUCAGGUUCUUGACGAGCUGACGGGUGGUAAUGCAAUCAUUAGCACUGGUGUGGGGCAACACCAGAUGUGGGCCGCACAGUUUUACAAGUACAAUAUGCCACGUCAGUGGUUGACGUCGAGCGGUUUAGGGGCCAUGGGUUUCGGACUGCCUGCUGCAAUUGGAGCAGCCGUAGCAAGACCAGAUGCUGUUGUGGUGGACAUUGAUGGUGAUGGGAGUUUCAUUAUGAAUGUGCAGGAGCUGGCCACAAUCCGUGUGGAGAACCUUCCUGUCAAGAUUAUGUUGUUGAACAACCAGCAUCUGGGCAUGGUGGUCCAAUGGGAAGACCGGUUUUACAAGUCUAACCGGGCGCAUACUUAUCUGGGUAAUCCGUCUAAAGACUCGGAAAUUUUCCCUGACAUGUUGAAGUUUGCUGAGGCUUGCGAUAUUCCUGCUGCUCGUGUGACAAAGAAGGGUGAUUUGAUGGCAGCAAUUCGGCAGAUGUUGGAUACUCCUGGGCCGUAUCUGUUGGAUGUUGUUGUACCACAUCAAGAGCACGUGCUGCCCAUGAUACCCAGCGGUGGUGCUUUUAAAGAUGUGAUCACAGAGGGUGAUGGAAGAACAAAGUACUGA